AUGCAGGAAGAGAGGUGGGUCACACGACAUUGUCUUGGCAAAACCUGGUGUUGUUCAGCCACCUGCAGUCUUCGCAUCUUUCUCCGAGCUACAAAUUCCAUUGUCGCUAUUUACUCGUCUCUGUACCUACCCAGUGCAUCUUGGGCCUACAUGAAGCGGGCCGGAUCUGAAGAAAACACGAAAGGUUCACUGCUACAUGACAGGCGACCGGUACGAGCCAUUGCGUUUAUCCACUACGGCAACCGCCUUGUUCUCAAGGAUCUCUAUUCAGAGCUUGAUGUACACACAGAAGCGAGCUCGACGGAAAAGUCUGGAUGCCUAAACACCCAGACGAACGAAGUGACCUUCAACACCGACGUUCGCAAAGCCUGCCUGAACAAGAUGCACCGCAUAGGUACUACUCAGCUAUCGGAUGAAAUGGCCACGUGCAUGACCCGGUGA